AUGGCCAUGAAUGGGGGAUCGUCGGGCCUUGUACAAUUCCUCUCGGAUCUGCAUCUCGAGGCCAGCAAAGACUACUCGACCUUUGACUUUCCCGUCACGGCACCCUUUCUUUUACUUUCCGGCGAUGUCGGUAGCCUAUCUGAAUACGACAGCUAUCUCGGGUUCAUCCGGUGUCAGACGGAUCGGUACGAGGGUGUUUUCCUAGUUUUUGGCAAUCACGAGUUUCAUGGCCUCACGUACGGCGGGACACUCGCAGAGGCGGCAAGGCUUGAAGCAGAGCCGUCGUUGAGAGGGAGGUUGCAUGUGCUCCACCGCCGCGGGUUUGAUAUCCCCGGUUCCAACGUGAGCAUCCUGGGAUGCACCCUAUGGACGAUGGUCCCUGAGAAGGCGGGAGCUGCGGUCGUGGGAAGGGUCAAGGAUUUCCAGCACAUUGAGGGAUGGAGUCUUGAGGCACACUGCGCGGCUCAUAAGGCGGACUUGGGUUGGUUGAAGAGAGAGGCGAGGGAAGCGGUGGCGCGUGGGAGAGAGGUUGUUGUUGCGACUCACCAUGCUCCUUCGCUGGAGGGGACGUCGGAGCCUAGGUUUGAGGGGAGCCCUUGGUCUUCGGCUUUCGCAACGGAUUUGUUGGAGGAAGUAGGGAAUUCUGUUCCGAUGAUCUGUUGGGUGUUUGGGCAUACACACUUUUCGACAGAUACGGUUGUGAAGGGUGUCAGGAUUGUGAGCAACCAGAGGGGCUGGAGGCAAUCACGCACCUGCAUCACAUUGCUGAAACAUUUCGCCAAGAUGCCUGUCGACUACAGCAAAUGGGACGCGCUGGAGCUCAGCGACGACUCGGACGUCGAGGUCCACCCCAACGUCGAUAAGCGCUCAUUCAUCCGCGCAAAGCAGAACCAAAUCCACCAGGAGCGACUGCAGCGCAAGCAUCAAAUCGAGACGCUCAAGUACGAGCGCAUCAUCAACGAUGGCCUGAUGAAGCGCAUCUCCAACCUCUUGGACGCCCUUAAGUCCCAUGCCUCCGAGGCUGAGACCCGAAACCCCGGCGAGGUCGCCUUCCAAGCCGUCAUGGAGUCCGCCGGCAAGCCCGAAGACGACCAGCCACCCCCGCGCCCCGAGGGGAUCCACGCCGACUCGGAGCCGCUGCCCAGCUUCUCCAAGAUGAUGGCCGUGUUGUUGGACCAAGUUAACAAGGAGCUGGACGAGAAGAAGCCCGAGAACCGUUACAAGGCCAUGCUCGAGGGCGUCGAGGGACACCUGACCAAGGUGCAGAAUCUGCAAAAGGAGCUGUUUGCCAAGCUGGCCGAGCUGGAGAAGGAGGAGGGACGCAAGAUCACGAGCGAGGGUAUUCACACGGGCUUUGACAGCUCGCACGUCAACAAGUCCAAGGAUACGGAUAAGAAGGAGGAGCAGCGCAAGCCGGAGCUCCUGAACCCCAAUUUUGACAUGACACAGUCCCUUCCGGCCAAGUCGACCCAAUCGUAUGACGACGAUGAGGAGAUUGAGGCGUCGCCCGCCGCCAAGAAGUUCGCGCAGAUCAAGGCCGACGACUACACAUCCAGCGCCCAGUACUUGUCCAAGAACCCGCAGAUCCUGACGGAGCGGGAGACAGACGGCCUCCUGGUCCUAGCCUUCGACGCCGCCCUCGAGAGCAAGGACGACUUUUGCCGGCAGUGCGUCCACCAGGCGCUGCUGCUGCAGUACUGCAGAGCGCUGGGCAAGGACGGCGUGGGCAUGUUCUUCAAGCGCAUCACGACCAAGGGCCACCAGGCGCAAGAUGUGUUCUUCAAGGACGUGCAGGAUACGUACGGCAAGAUCAGGAACCGGGCGCGGGAGAUUGUCAAGGAGCGCGCCAGCGAGCCCGAGGGCGUGGAGCAGAUUCAGCUGCACGCGGUGGAGCCCGGCACGGAGAUCAAGAUUACGAUUCCGCCCAAGGACAGCGAGGACCCCGCCGUGAAGGAGGGUCGGGAUAUCUUUGAGACAUUCAGCGCCGACUUCCAAAAGGCUCUGGAGAGCGGAAGCCUGGAUGAGGUCAACAAGGUGUUGGGCAAGAUGAAGGUCGAAGAGGCUGAGGAUAUUGUCGGCAAGCUUGGAGACGCCGGCAUCUUGAGUCUGGAGGAGCAGAUUAUCGACGCCACGACCGAGGAGGGCCAAAAGGCGCUCAAGGACAUGGAGGCGGCGCAGGCCGGUUCCGAGUCCGGAUUCGCACCGGACCCUGAAUAA